UUGUGUUUUGACGUUUUAUAAAGAGAACUGUAAGGACACGAAACGUACUAACACGUUUAUUAAGCAGACAUUUAAUGACUACGUUCAUAUUCUUCCCCUUUGGUGGGCUGCAAGACUCACGGGACAUCCUUAUCGCAGAUGUCACCGCUAUUAUACACCCACGACUCCAUAACCUAACCUGUAUUGUUAACAAGAAGGCUGCUAUUGGAACAGACGAAAUCAAGCUUGAUGCCCCCCCUCUCGGCCCCCGGAAUAACAUGCUGGAUGUGGGCCGGGGAGGGCGGGGGAUGCGGGAGGACAAAGAGGAGUGCGCCUGUGCGGUGCGGGACUUUCCCGCAGAAACCCGCCGUCGCGAGAUCAGUACAGUACAGACGCGCGGUGUGGCAGUGGGCAGAGCGCGGCGCCUCUUUCUCCCUUUGCCUUCCAUUGCUGACGUCCUUGCCCUUCCCGGCUUUGUCAUGUGCAAAAAUGUGGUGCAGCGGUGACCCCUCGGCCGCACACCUUCUGGGCGUCCUGCUCCUGUUGGUGGCCGCGCUAGGCGGCGGCGUGGCGGGGAAGGAGGACUAUGGGAGAGACGCUGACGCAGAGGACGCGGCGCCGGCGGGAGGCAGCGGCGGCGGGGCGGCGGGCACCAUGUGGAUCAGCAACAAGAAGGAGGUGAAGAGGAUCCUGCGGCCGCCCAACGAUAUCCAGUGCCAGUGUGAGGAGGGCGUGCUGGCCUGCCGCGACCUGGAGGGGGAGUGUGCCUGCGUGGGCGAGGCGCUGCUGUGCGACGGCCGGUACGACUGUCCGCAGGGCGAGGACGAGCACCAUUGUAACUCGGGGGAGGCCUGCCCUAGGGGCUUCUUGUGCCCCAAGACCAACAAGUGCAUUGACAAGUCACUGGUGUGUGACUCUAUUGACGACUGUGGCGACAAGAGUGACGAGAGGUUUUGCAAUCUCCCUAAAAUCAAUGCCAACUGCUCCAAGGAUGACCAGUUCACAUGUGCUGACGGCAAGUACUGCAUCUCCAAGGUGUGGCUGUGUGAUGGUGAUGCUGACUGCCAGGACAAAUCAGAUGAGACCAACUGCUCCAGUUCAUGCCAGCCCAACCUGCACAGCUGUGGCGACGGUCACUGCAUCUCGAGUAACUGGGUAUGUGAUGGAGACCCGGACUGUGCUGAUGAGUCAGAUGAGCUGGACUGCAACAAGCUCACCGAGACCAGCUGUGGGCCGGAGCAGGUGGCAUGUGCGGUGGAGGGCCGGUGUUUGAUGCAGCACUACGCCUGCGACGGGGAGAACGACUGUGGCGACUGGUCAGACGAACAGAACUGUGGCAAUGAAACCUGCUUGGGCAAUGACUUCAAAUGUGAGUCAGGGCGCUGCAUUGAGAGGAAGUGGGUGUGUGACGGGGCCGUGGACUGCCUGCCUGAUGGGGAGGAUGAGGCCAACUGCUCCCUGCCCUUGUUGGAAUCAGGAACUGCACAGCCGAGUGAGUGCCACCCUGAGGACUCUCGGCUCUGCUCAGACCGCUGCAUCCCCAAGGAGUGGUGGUGUGAUGGGGUGAAGGACUGCAGUGAUGGCUCGGACGAGGAGAGCUGUAACUUCACCUGUCCCCCGGAACACUUCACUUGCUCCCCCACCGCUUGUAUCCCCCUCCAGCGCCGCUGUGACGGCCACCACGACUGUCUCUUUGGGGACGAUGAGAAGGACUGCCCCCAGGACUCCGAGUGCCCUGGCCUGCAGUGUGGCAGCAACACCUGCAACCCAGCCAAGCACCUCUGCCUCUGUCCUCCCGGCCACACCCUCGCCGCAGACAACACCACGUGCGAGGACGUGGACGAGUGUUCGGUGUUCAGGCCGUGCUCGCAGGCGUGUGAGAACUUGCCGGGGAGCUUCAACUGUUCCUGCAUCGCCGGCUACUUCAUGCUGCGGCCCGACCACCUCACCUGCAAGGCCUCCCAGCCCCCCGCCUACCUUAUCUUCUCCAACCGAGCUGAGAUUAGACUGAUCAGCCUGAACCGUUCCAACUACUCCAGCAUCGCCCAGGGGCUGCAAAACGCCAUCUCCAUCGACUACCACUAUGAACGCCGCCUCAUCUACUGGUCCGAUGUCACCCUGGACGUCAUCAUGAGGGCUUAUAUGAAUGGCACGGGGGAAAAAGCAAUCGUGCGGUGGGGCCUACGCAUGCCCAGCGGCGUCUCGGUGGACUGGAUCAACGACCACGUGUAUUGGCUCGACGGCAUCACCAUGAGGAUCGAAGUCGCUAAUCUGGACGGGUCCUCCCGCCGGCCGCUCAUCUGGACCAACCUGCAGAAGCCCCGCGGCCUGCUGGUGCACCCCCACAAGAAUCUCCUCAUCUGGACCGACUGGGGCUCCAACCCACGGAUAGAACGAGCCUUCCUGGAUGGGUCGGGGCGGCAGGUGGUGAUCGGCGAGGGUCUGCACUGGCCCAACGGCAUCACCAUCGACUACCCGACGGAGACGCUGUACUGGGUGGACGCCAAGGAGCAUGUGAUUGAGGCGGUGCACACUGACGGCAGCAACAGGAGAAUGAUCCUGGAGGGGCUGCGUCACCCCUUCGCCAUUACCAUCUUCGAGGACACACUCUACUGGACAGACUGGAUCACGCGCUCCAUCGAGAAGGUGGACAAGAGGAACGGCCAGGGCCAUUCCACGCUGCAGGGCCGCCUCUCCUUCCCCAUGGACAUACGCAGCCUGCACCCAACCCGCCAGCCCGGUAUCCUGCAGUCCGAGAGGCAUGGCUGCAGCUUGAGGAAUGGCGACUGCUCCCACCUGUGCCUCUCCUCCAGGGACUCCUACUCCUGCUACUGUCCCCACGGCCUCAUUCUCCUCCCAGACCACAGGACCUGCAGUGAGCGACCGGACCGAACGCUAAUCUUUGCCCAGCGGAAGAACCUGCGGAUGAUCUCACUGCAGGACAUCCUGGAGACCAACACCUCCACCUCCUCCCUUUCCUCCUCCACCAACACCUCUGAUAUGGCCCAGAUGAGGAUAGACACGGUGGUCCCAGUGAACAAUGUACAGGCACCUGUGGCUCUAGAUCCCUACACUGAGGAGGACAUGAUCUUCUGGACGGACAUCAAGGCCAAGACCAUCAGCCGGGCACACCUCAACGGCUCCCGCCACAUCACCGUCGUGCGGGAUGGCCUGGAGAUGCCGGCCGGUGUGGCGGUGGACUGGGUGGGCCACAAGCUGUACUGGACGGACGGCGGCACCAGUCGUAUUGAGGUGGCCAAUCUUGAAGGGUCCAUGCGCUGCCUCCUCAUCUGGCGCAGCCUGGACAAACCUCGGGACAUUGUGGUGGACCCAAGAGCUCGCCUCAUGUUCUGGACCGACUGGGGGAAGCGCGCCAAGAUAGAACGCGCUGGCAUGGAUGGGGAGGCGCGGCGAGUCUUGGUGGACACAAACCUGAAGUGGCCCAAUGGACUGGCCAUCGAUCACGCCCGGCAGCUCCUGUACUGGCUGGACGCAUCUACCAAGUCUAUUGAGAUGGCGGCCUUGGAUGGCAGCCAGAGGAAGGCGCUCAUAUCGGGGGAGCUGGAACACCCCUUCGGCCUGGCACUGUGGAGGGACUUGGUCUUCUGGACGGACUGGAACGCCAAGAGCAUGUACAUGGCAGACAAGAGGACCGGCGCCAACAGACAGACCAUUGUGAAGGGCCUCAAGGACAUGAUGGAGGUGAAGGUGUUUGAGCGCUCGCAGCCGUCCAGCCCAAACCCCUGUGCGGAGAUCAACGGCGGCUGCUCCCACCUCUGCCUGCUCAGCCCCUUCGGCCUGGGCCGCCGCUGUGCCUGUCCCACCGGCAUCAAGCUCAAGCCCGACCGCCUCAACUGCUACGAUGGGCCAGAGAGGGCGCUGCUGUUUGCCAGGCGCGAGGAUGUGCGUCUCGUCUCCCUGGACACCCCUUACCACGUGGACGUCAUCCUGCCGCUCCAGGGACUCCAGCACGCCGUGGCCCUCGAUAUUGAUGCCAUGACAGGGGACAUCUUCCUCUCAGACAGCGCUGCCGCCAUCAUCUUCCGGGUGUCCCACAAAGCAUCUGGCAACCCAGUGUGGUGACCCGCCAUCCUCACCGUUGAGGGCCUAGCCGUGGACGCUACUGGCAGGAAGCUGUACUGGACAGACCUUCACAUGCACUCGGUGGAGGUGAGUGAGCUGGACGGGAGCAACAGGCUGGUGCUCUUCACGGGCCUGAGGCGACCCCGGGCCAUCACCACCCACUACCCCAGCGGCCGUCUCUUCUGGACAGACUGGGAUGAGAAGUACCCGACCAUCGAGGCUGCAGACAUGGAUGGAAACAAUAGAGUGGUGCUGGUGGACACAGAUGUGGUGUGGCCCAACGGACUGACUGUGGACUGGGAGGACCUGGAGCUGUACUGGACAGAUGCGAGCACCAAUGUCAUCGGGGCCAUUGGACUGGACGGCUACAACAGGCGCACCGUCAUCGCAGGGCUCCCGCAUCCCUACGGCGUGAGCAUUCUGGGGCGCUGGCUCUACUGGACCGACUGGGAGACCAAAUCCCUCAACCGAACCCUCAAGGCGACUGGCCGCUCCACCAGCACCAUCAGGGAGGGGCUGGCGGGCCUCAUGGACGUCAAGGCUCUUCCUGGACCCCCGGUGGUGUACGACGUCUGCGAGGAGAACAACGGCGGCUGCUCCCACCUGUGUCUUCGCCACCCCAGAGGUUACUCCUGCGCUUGUCCCACCGGGCUCAGGAUGGUGGAGGGCAACUCCUCAAUCUGCAUGGAAGAGCCGGACAUCUACUUGAUCUACGCCGCCAAGGGGACUAUAGGGCGCAUCUCCCUUGAUAUCAAGCCGCUGUGGGAGGUUCCUCUGCCCAUACCAGCUGUCACGCGCCCCAUCUCCAUCAACGUCCACUAUGAGCAGAACCUUCUCUUCUACACAGAGGCGAAUCUGCAGGUCAUAAGGGUUGUGUCGCUCAAGAACAUGUCCUACCCCUGGUCGAUCCUCUCACCUGGCUACUCAACACCGAACGGCCUGGCGGUGGACUGGGUGGCCAACAACAUCUACUGGACCGACUCCAUACGCAAGGUGCUGGAGGUGGCGCGACUCGACGGCUCCUCGACCAAAGUGGUCAUCAACAACAACCUCAAAUCACCACGUGCCAUUGCAGUGUUCCCCGGCGAAGGUCUGCUCUUCUGGACUGACUGGGGCAGGCCGUCAAAAAUCGAGCGUUCUUACCUUGACGGCUCGGAUCGGAGGAGCAUCAUAGACCGCAAGAGUGGCUGGCCGAACGGACUCACCAUUGACUACCAGAUGAAGAGGAUUUUCUGGAACGACGCAAAGGUUGAAACCAUCGACUCCUCCGACCUGAAUGGGGAGAACGUUGUGACUCUGAUCCGAGAAGUUCCACAUCCCUUUGGCCUGACGUUGCUCGGUGACCACAUCUACUGGAGCAACUGGGAGAAGACAACCAUUGAGAGGGCCGACAAGACCUCUGGCCAGAACAGGAAGAUGGUGAGGAGCAGGAUUGAGGGCAUCAUGGAGGUGAAGGCCGUGGAAGCCAACUCACAGCCUGGUUGGAACCCCUGUGGUGACCGUAAUGGCGGCUGCACACACCUCUGCUUCUUCCUGCCCUCCGGCCGCCGCUGUGCCUGUCCUGACAUUCUGGACGGCCGCGGGUGUUCAGACCGUCCAAUGUUCAAGGUCAAUCUCACAAGGAAGAGCGGGGGUGUCUGGAGCAAGGGCACGGAACCGCCUGGCAUUCGUCCCUGGGACCAAGACAACGCCCCGGGAAUGGUGCCGCUACUGGGCGUGCUGGUGCUGGUGCUGAUCCUGUCAGUGCUGAGCAUGAUGGCGGUGGUAGCCUGGUGGAAGUUCAAACGCGAGAGCAAGAAUGUGAAUGAGCCCAAGGGAGGUGCCCUCACCUACACCAACCCCACCUACAGCGCCUCAAACUCAGACGUCAACACCGACCGCAAGCCCUUCACCUGGCGGCGCCUCCACAGCGAUAAUGUGCACCAGGUGCGCAUGUUUGAGGAGAAAGGUGAGGUGGCAGCGCUGAUCAGUGAGGGCAGCAGCGUGGAGCACGAGUCCCCGCCCCCCACCCCUCCCACACGCCCGGAGCCAGCCACAUAAUGCCCCUACCCACCACCACCACAGCCCCACCCCACCACAACCUCCACCCAGCUGGCCACGCGAGGAACCAAGGAACUCCACCACUGCCUCCAAGUGUGUCAUCUUGAGGACUAACAGACUAACCAUGUUAAUGCAUUCCACUGGUCCCUGUGUCCAGCCGUGUCCCAGUGACGGGCUGCAGGACCACCACAAGCCUCUCUCCACCCAUGUCCUUCCUCCUUCCUCCCCUCCUCUGCCUUCCCUGGUAUUCCCUGCCAUACCUGUCCCCCUCCUCACCUUCCUUGCCUUCCCUCCCCAUCACCACCACCGCCACACAGCACUCACCACCACCACCACCAUAACACAGCACCACCACCAGAUAGCCAUUGCAUCACCCCUCACACCCCCGCACCAUCACUCCAGCUGCACCACCAUCACUGCACAUCCCAUCCCUUCCUGCAUGUUGCAUGCACGCCCAGACAGAAACACACACACACACACACACACACAUGCACACACACACACAUAAACACACACAUUCACAGGACCCCUGAGUGUAGCUCACUCCCUGUAUAUCACAACUCUAUAAAUACAAGUAUGUAGGGAACUCACAGCCACACACCUGCCUCAGGACCUCUACAGGCUACAGGUAGCCAAGCACCCUCCCCCUCCUGCCUUGAAGCAAUAUUUGAUAGUCCCUCACGCGUCACAGGCUACAGGUAGCCGCUCACCUACACCACCACCACCACCACCACCCCCACAGGCUACAGGUAGCCACCCUUGUAUCACCUCACCUAACCCCCCCUCCCCCUGCAUGUAGGCUACAGGUAGCCCCUGCACCCUCAGGUAAGGCCUUCCCCACCCCAACCCCUGCACUGGCACACCUGCAGUCACCUGCCCUCCCCUGCCACUCCCUCCUCUCCUUCCCCCUUCCCCCUCAAGGACUAGAAGCAUGUCCGAGGCGCAUCAUUCUGCCCCUGAGACAGCGGGCGAUGGCCGGGAGACGAGGCCACCCACUGGCGGGCUGCAGUGGCCCCGGCAUGGCCCCAGCACAGCCCUCAUGCCACACGUGCUGCCUGGGAAGUCACAUCCGUGUUUUGUUCUCACUGUACUCGUGGCUCACGUCCGUUACUGUUGUGCAAGGCGCCGCGUCCCUGUUGGGUGGUGUGUUGGUUGGGCAGCCACAAGACCACCCACAGGCCACCGCCAUGGCCUCACACAUAUUAAAGUGGAGUGCAUGUCCCCUCCACCCUGUAGAGCAGCCACACCCCAUGCCCUCACCCUCUCACACCCACACCCCACCAUCACUGGCUGUGUGGUGUGUGUGUGUGAGAUGUGUUCCCACACCACCACCUGCCUCCUGCCGGUGCUUGUGAGGUCGUGCAAAGGUCAUGGCAGUGUGGCUGUGAGCUGGGCACAGAGCUGCCGCCUUGACCAUGACAGGCUGGCAGUGGCAGGGAGCAGGGAGGGGGUGAUGAGGGCUGGGACGGAGAUAACAGGAAGAGACGAGUGACGGGAGGAGACGGCACUGGAAAGGGAGACUGUGUGGUAACGCUGACUUCAUAACACUUUGACGUAACAAUGUAACCUUCCCCUGCUGAUACAACUACUACCACCACCACUACUACUGCUAUGACCACCAUUACUACUACUACUACUAUUUCUACUACAUACUACUACUACUGCUAUUUAUUACACUGUGAAGAGAGAUGGCUAGCGCUGAGUCUUGCGUAGAUUUUAUUAACAUAGUCUACAUUAUCAUCGGCCGUAGCACUAACAGCUGGGUAGUGCUGACAGUGAUGCGAUGACGGGGAUGUUGAUGGCGAUGGUUCAGUGAUUCAUGGGCCCUUGAGAGGUGAACGGAGAAAUACUUGGACCAUUACCAGCCAGUAUAAUGAUGCAUGACGAUGGUUUUCAUUUCAAAGUAUUCAUGAAACCGGUGCCUCCAUUAUUAUUAUUAUUAUUAUUAUUAUUAUUAUUAUUAUUAUUAUUAUUAUUAUUAUUAUUAUUGUUAUUGUCAUUCCUGUUAUUGGUAUAUUCAUUUCACCUCCACUUCUUUUAAGGUUAAGGGCGCAUUUAAGAGAUUGGAAAAGGCAAUAAUGUGAAUGGUUCCAGAUCAUUCAGACAUUAUGUUAUUCAUUUACUUAUUUUGGGGGCGACUUUAAAUUCAUAAGAACUGCAGAGUAAAAUAACCACCAAGUAUUAAAGAAUUCAUGACAUUAC